AUGCUUACCAGGAGGGUUUUAACAGCUUCGCGAUUUUUGCUGGCUCAACGUUCCGCCGCACCGCAAUUGAGAUACCCACUCCCAGUUAUCCAGCAAUUUCGCAGCUAUGCCGACAAAGUUGUCAAAGUACCAGAAAUGGCCGAAUCCAUCUCUGAGGGUACUUUGAAGCAGUGGUCAAAACAAAUCGGUGAUUACGUUGAACAGGAUGAGGAAAUUGCUACAAUUGAAACAGACAAGAUCGAUGUUGCCGUUAAUGCUCCCGAAGCUGGCACAAUAAAGGAAUUCUUGGCCAAUGAAGAAGAUACUGUUACCGUUGGUCAAGAUCUUGUCCGUCUCGAACUUGGGGGUGCUCCAGAGGGUGGUGAUAAAGAGAAGGCCUCUUCGGAACCGAAAGAAGCAGCAUCAAAAGAUCAAUCAACAUCUUCGGAUCCUGAGCCAUCUAAGAAGGAGGAUUCGAAACCCAAGGGGGAUUCUAGCUCUCCUCCACCUACAGAGAAGAAAUCGGAACCAAAAGAGACACCAAAGCCCAAACCAUCGGAAUCUAAGAAGCAAGAGUCAUCAUCUAGUAGUUCUGGACCUUCUUUGGGCAACCGUGAGGAGCGUCGUGUCAAGAUGAACCGAAUGCGACUACGUAUCGCUGAGCGUUUGAAGCAAUCGCAAAACACCGCCGCAUCUCUAACCACUUUUAAUGAGGUUGACAUGUCAUCUUUGAUGGAGUUCAGAAAACUCUACAAAGAUGAGGUGCUCAAGAAGACUGGUGUCAAGCUGGGAUUUAUGAGUGCCUUUUCUCGUGCAUCUGUGCUUGCCCUACGAGACAUCCCUGCAGUAAACGCAUCCAUUGAGGGUCCAAACGGGGGUGACACCAUUGUCUACAGAGAUUAUGUUGAUAUCAGCGUCGCCGUCGCCACCGAGAAGGGCUUGGUAACUCCCGUUGUUCGCAACACUGAGAGCAUGGAUCUUGUUGGUAUUGAGAAGACUAUUGCUGAUCUAGGCAAAAAGGCUCGUGACAACAAACUUACAAUCGAAGAUAUGGCUGGUGGAACCUUUACCAUUAGCAAUGGCGGUGUGUUUGGUUCAUUGAUGGGUACACCUAUCAUCAAUCUCCCACAAACUGCUGUUUUGGGUCUACAUGCUAUCAAAGACAAGCCCGUUGUCGUCAAUGGCCAAAUUGUCAUUCGUCCAAUGAUGUAUCUGGCCUUGACCUAUGAUCAUCGUCUACUUGAUGGAAGAGAGGCUGUCCAGUUUCUGGUUAAGGUUAAGGAGUACAUAGAGGAUCCGAGAAGAAUGCUUUUGUAGACAAGCAGCGUCAUAAUCUUGGCUGUAAAAUUAUACCUCCAGUGCACAAAUGUAAUACAAGACGAAGCAUCAGUAAGCCCUCGGGCAUCCGAGCUUUAAUGCUAUCUCGUUGAUUCCGACAGCAGGAUUUGUUGAUAUGCAUUGUAUGAUCACAUUCUGUCGCAAUUGUUUCAAAGAUAUCCAGUAACAUACGACAACCGAUGUCCAAAAUCACGAUGCGGUAUGGCUUGUGGUUGACAUGAAGUUCGUCAUCACGAACAAGAAGUCCGCUGACCAUGUUUUCUUUUGGACCACAUCCGGUUGCUGCCAUCCAUAUAUGUGAUUAUAUCAUGAAUGUGUGCCUGUGGGUUUCAACAACUGUCAGAAUAUGUAUCACAUACUUAUUGUUUUACUAUACACUACCUAGGUAUUCCCUCCUAGUCUAAUUGAAGCCACUGUAUACAACGCCUGCUCGUCAAUAAGACAUUGCGUACAUUGCCAUCAAUACUAAUUCUAUGCUAUGAACUCCUCCUGAUAUCUACAAGUUACAAUCCUUACAAUUACCACGGUCAUCUAGUUCGAGUAGUUUGCUCACGGUUGGACGUACUUUAGAUUUCAAACUUGAACUAUGAUCGUGUAAUUUCCAAGCUUGAACUUGUUCAAAAUGAGAACGCAGUCCUAUGCGUUGGUCUUGAGCUUUCCUUCUCCUCCAGAUGACUACGAGUACAUCUAUCUACUCACCGAUGAGUCGCCACAAUAAAGAUCGCAACGUUUGGUCAAUAAUCACUUGAGACAGCUCUUGUUAACUUGGAACAUGGCUCUGGGUCGUCUUUCGUAGGUUGACCCUCAGCCUGUUAAAUCAGAAGAUAAUCCAUGUAGUAUAGGUUAACAGGUAUAUAUUUUGUUCGUAGUCGAUUGGGGUUACAACUCAUCCUACCUGUUUGCCGCCAAACGUUUCUGGACAGCUGCAGUUGAAUUUCAGCCUGCCAGUAGGCUAGAUAAAAAGAAAUUGUGGUCUCUAAAUCUUUACUUGGAGUGAUUGAACGAAAAUAAGACACGAACGCCAGAGAAGACUAAUGAGUAUAAAGAUGGCACUAGCAGCAAUGCCCUUGACAGAAAUGCAAACACCAGUGUUUAGUCUGGUGAACUGUACUAAAUAGUACUACGAGGAUAUGUAUUGCCAUUAUAAGAGUGUGGAUGGCGCAAACGAGCUACGGUAGUGUAUCUCCGCUGGGGUCAGAUCAAGAUAUUCUGGAAAUGCUGUUCACCGAGUCGGGGUCAAAGGUAACAUUCCAAAACUUGAAACCACUGUUCUGAUUGUUUGAAAGUGCAAGUCUUAAGUCUAGGCCUAGACUUAAGUCAUCAAGCUUUGGGCUCCUCGGUGGAUUAGAAUGUUUAUGUAACUAUUAUUCAAAUGAUCAAGAUAAUGUCAAGUGUGAGAGUGACUACAUGAUGGUUGAUACGGAUGAGGCG